UCGACGCAACUUCCUGUUUCUAAUUAUAAAUAAUCAUCAUGUUCAUUUUGUGAAGGAGAGUUUUCCUACUCAGUUUUAAGUUAAACUUUAAAUGGAGGACAUAUUUAACUAUGAACCUGACGAAGAAGAGGAUUUCUAUAAAAUUCUUGGCUGUAACGAGCAUUCUAACACUGUACAGAUAACAACAGAAUAUAAAGCCAGGGUUCUGAGUUGUCACCCUGAUAAACAUCCUGGAGAUGAAUCUAAAGAUAAACAGUUUAGACUAUUACAACGAGCAAAGGAUGUGUUAUGUGAUGAGGAGAAAAGAAAACGUUAUGACCAAUGGAAAAAUGCUGGGAUCUCAAUGUCGUUUAGUCAGUGGUGUUCAUUACGAGAUUCUGUACAGACUUCCAUGCACUGGGGUUCUGUGAAAACAAAACCAAUGAUAGAGAAUGAUAAACCAGAGACAACACAACACAACUUUAAAAAAUCUGAUUUUGACCACGUUACAAUAAGUACUCAUCAAGACUGGAAUAGAGAUGAACCAUCAGAAAUGUUGAGGAAAUUCAGGAACUAUCAAAUAUGAAAUGAUAUCAUGUUGUUGAAAGUGUGAUUGGUCUGAUAACCAUGUGAACAUUCCAGUAUUUUCCAGAGCACAUAAAAACAUAAACCUUCCAAUGAAACUAUAUGGUGCCUGUACAGUAGUUGUCGUUUGUUUAUGUAAUUUAUAUGUG